AUGUAUGAAUUAUUCGAAUUCCAGGUGCUCUGAUGAGAUGCUGAGUCUGACCACCAUGGAACUGUGGACGGAUGCAGAGGCUGAGGCCGCGUUUGAGCCACUGAAGCAGCUGGGAAUGUUGCCGACCGUGAAGUCACACAUGCUGCGGCACAUACUAGGUCCGGCAAUGUGGCGUGGUGGAAGGAGGUGAUGGCGCCGCUGCAUAAAUUCGGCCUCGCCCAGGAGACCUUCACACUCAAAGUCAUGCUCAACGCCUACGGCGCUUCGGCUGCCUCGACGAGAUCGGCAGCCCUCGCUGCCAUGGACCGCCGAGAGACAUUGAACUAUGAACGUGUAGGGUCAAGUGGGGUACCUGGAGAGCAUGAAGACGAUGUUUGUGUCGCCGGAAGGGAGGGGGAUCACUGUCGACGUGAUGACGUGGAGGUCCUGCAUGAGCACACACACACACACCAGGACAGAGUACCGGAGGUGCUUGGACAUCGACCUCUAGGUGACGUCCACGGUGCUCUCAUAAGAACCCAUGGUACACUGCAGAGGCAUUCCAGGGGACGAGGAGGAUUUUGCGAUUUCCAUGCUAGGCCUAUCCAAUCAGCUCGUCACCACGCUCACAACAAGAUCAUGGGCGAUAGGGUGUUCGCCAAAGCUUUGUGCCGCUAGCACCCGUGUACCAUGUUUCCUCUGUGGUGGAGCACAUGUGUUGUACAUUUUUUCUGUCAAAACAUAUUCGCUUUCGUUGUCAUGUUCUUUUAUAUACACAUUUUUCUUGAUGUCCAUGAUUUUUUUGCUGGGAUCUAUUUGAAUUGAAGUACUUCUUUCUAGAGUUCCUUC